AUGGUGUUCGCCUGGAAAACCGCCGGCCUUAGCUACAACCGCUACCUUGCAGUCGCUUCGCGCGUCGUGCGCCGAAGCCUGAAGGAAGACAAGAGAAUCAUUGCCGAGCGACGAGGAGAGUCCGACUUGCGUUUCGCAAAGUGGUCGAACGGCAAGAUGGGCGACGUCAGGAACCUGGCGGAUGCCAACGCCGCUGCCGCCAAGGAGGCCGCUGGUGCCCCGGCUUCAUAA